AUGGGGGAUUGGAACUUGUUGGGGAGUAUCUUAGAAGAGGUACAUAUUCAUUCAACCAUUGUGGGAAAAAUCUGGCUAACCAUCCUUUUCAUAUUCCGGAUGCUCGUACUUGGCGUGGCAGCAGAGGAUGUUUGGGACGAUGAGCAGAGUGAGUUUGUGUGCAACACGGACCAGCCUGGGUGUAAGAAUGUGUGCUACGACGAUGCAUUCCCCAUUUCUCUUAUCCGAUACUGGGUGUUACAAAUCAUUUUCGUGUCCUCUCCCUCUCUGGUGUACAUGGGACAUGCACUGUACCGUUUAAGAGCCCUUGAAAAAGAGAGACACAAAAAAAAAGCUUUCCUGAAAGCAGAGCUAGAGGGCGCUGAGCCCAUUCAUGAAGACAGACAGAGGAUGAUAGAGAGGGAGCUGAGGAAGCUGGAGGAACAGAAGAGAGUAAGGAAAGCUCCACUCAGGGGCUCCUUGCUUCGCACAUAUGUUUUCCAUAUCUUGACGAGGUCGGUGGUGGAGGUUGGCUUCAUAGUCGGACAAUAUGUACUCUAUGGCAUUGGGCUGGAUCCUUUGUACAAAUGUGAGAGAUUGCCUUGCCCGAACAGUGUGGAUUGCUUUGUGUCCAGACCAACUGAGAAGAACAUUUUCAUGAUCUUCAUGCUCGUCAUCGCUGGGGUUUCUUUGUUCUUAAAUCUCCUCGAGAUAUUCCACCUGGGAGUGAAGAAAGUCAAACAAAGUCUGUAUGGAAAUAAAGGUGCAGAUGAUGACAGCAUAGUAUACAGGUCCAAGAAAAACUCCAUGGUCCAGCAGGUGUGUGUCCUUACAAACUCAUCUCCCCAAAAGAUGAUGCAGUUCACUCAGACAGCUUGCACAAUGGAUGCUGUCCCUUUGUACAUGCCUUCAGUAGCUCCUCACAACGAUGGUGGUGGCACCAACGGUUCAGAGCAGUACCCUAGACAGCUGGGGGCCGUGGAGCGCUGCUACACCCUGGACCAGAGGGACCACUCAUGCAGCAGUGAUGACUCCAACGGGCCUAAAGGCUCAGGCCAAACUAGGCACGACGGAGCACAGCCACCGCCUUCACUCAUGGCCAGCCAUAUGGAGAUACCAGCAGCCCUGCAGAACCAGCUGCGCAAACAGAGCCGGGUCAGCGCUCUGCAGGACUACAGUGACAUGAGUGAUUCACCUGACAGUGACCACUAUCCCACGGCGAGGAAGGCUAGUUUCAUGUCCCGGGGACUCUCUCAGACCAACCUGGCCAGUCCUCCUGAUAGCCCUAACUCCGGGAGUGGGGCGGACACAGAGGCCAAGCGUAUCGCCCAAGGAGAGAGCCCACCUAUGACCCCGCCUCCAGCCAGUGGACGAAGAAUGUCAAUGAGCAUGAUUCUGGAACUGUCUUCAAUCAUGAAAAAGUGAGAACUGGCUGAGGGACCAGAAGGAUCUGGGUGGGGACCCUGAUCGCAAAGCGACACUUCCUUCUAAUUGCCUAAUUGUAUUCAUAAUAACAUAUGUAUAGAGCUCGCAAGUUUGUAAUCCUAAAAACUGGAAAAUUAGUUACCACUGUUUCGUUCAGCCAUUCCUAUGGGGGAAAUGAAUAGGGAAAGAAUGGGGCUUUAGGAUGAACACCGAAAAUAAGGUCUUCGUAGCUCUUCUACGUUUUUGUUCUAUGAGAUAAUA